GUGCAGCGGCACGCCAUGUAGAGGAACUGCAAGCAAUCAAGGAAAAAGAUCCCGAGUUCUACAAGUUUCUCGUGGAAGAGGAUCAACAGCUGUUGGACUUCACCGCCGACGCAGCAGAUGCAGCAUCUGAGGAGGGUGAAGAGGAGGCAGUUGAGGAGGACAAAGAGGAGGAUGAAGACGAGGAGGAUGGGACCUUCGUCCAGGAAAAAGCAACAACCUCUUCCUCGACUGCACGGCAUCUGACCUUGGAGCGCUUCAAGCAGAUCGAGAAUUCUGCGCCGUUGGCUUUCACCGCCUUCAAGGCAGCACUGAAUGUCUACCAUACAGCGGUUCGGUCUAUUGACCCAGAUGUGGAGGAUGGGGAUGAUGAGGCGCCAGCAAGGCGCCGUGCCUCAAAGAAGAAGCGUUCUCGUGGGUCCCUCACAAUUGAUGAUGAGGCCACAUUCUCUGAAGUGCUGGAGUGGUGCUUGAGCAAUGUCCUUGGGCUCCUCAAGCACUACGCUGGUGACGAGCUGCAGGACAAGAAAGGAAAGAACAAGAAGAAGGGUCUGAAGGAAGAAGCCGGUGACAGCUACUUCGACCCUACCCGUCUGGCGAAAUGGAAGCGAGUGAAGGCAUUGCAACAUGUUGCUUUGAGAUGCGAGCAUUGA